GAAAAUGGUCCCAAGUGGAUUUAAUGGUUUCAUACUUUCAUAGUUACCACGCGUUAUUGCAUGUACUGUCACGCGUCAAUAUAUUCGCCACUCAUUUGCAUUUUCACUAUUCAUCACCCUAAACCCACUAAACUGAAUCGUAAAACAUCUUAGCUUUAUUCAUACGAGCUAAUCUGGGAGAUAAAAUGGCGACCGGCGACGUGAAGCUGAUCGGCUCAUGGGCGAGUGUCUACGUCAUGAGGGCGAGGAUCGCUCUCAACCUCAAAUCUAUAAGCUACGAAUUCCUGCAGGAGACGUACGGUUCUAAGAGCGAAUUGCUCCUCAAAUCUAACCCGGUUCACAAGAAGAUCCCGGUUCUGAUUCACGCUGACAAACCGGUUUGCGAGUCCAACAUCAUCGUUCAGUACAUCGACGAGGCUUGGAGCUCAUCUGGACCGUCCAUUCUCCCUUCCCAGCCAUACGACCGGGCCAUCGCUCGCUUCUGGGCUGCGUACAUCGACGAUAAGUGGUUUAUUGCUGUGAGAAGUAUCCUGACAGCUCAAGGAGAAGAAGAGAAGAAAGCGGCCGUAGCUCAAGUCGAAGAAAGGACUGUGCUCUUGGAGAAAGCGUUCAUCGAUUGCAGCAACGGGAAACCGUUCUUCAACGGUGACCAUAUUGGUUACCUCGACAUCGCCCUUGGGAGCUUCUUGGGUUGGUUGAGAGUCACCGAGCUGGACGCCCAUCAUAAACUUCUUGACGAGACCAAGACUCCUUCUCUGUUCUUAUGGGCCGAGCGGUUCCGUAAUGAUCCCGCUGUGAAGCCUCUCAUGCCCGAGACCGCAAAGCUCGCUGAAUUCGCCAAGAAACUCUUCCCCAAGAUGCAGGCUUAAAGUCAACUAGGAUAUGGAUACUCUUCAAUGCAUGUGUUCGUUGGAGACCAAAAUUGUAAGAAUAUCUAUUGGUUAGUGGAAGUAUGAAACUGGCUUAAUCAUGACGUUAGUUUUUCUACGGUCCAAUGUAUUCAAACCUAAGUAAGAGACUAAACAAAUAUUAUAUUCCUAGUUCUUCAAUUCAGCCAGUUCUUGUCUAUCAUAGAAUCAGCACAUUGAGUGUCACAUUACAUUAAACAGUAUUUCAUCACAACACAAGGUCUCAGUAUUUCAUCACAACACAAGGUCUCUUUUACUUUUAUGCAUUCUGAUACACUAUUAUUGUUGUGGUUUAAGUGGUUUGGUCCAGUUUUAUCAUUGUUUUUGCUUCAUUCUUUUAUCG